AUGUGGGUGUGCGGCGUGUACCUGGGCCUCAACGUCUGGGGGGUGCUGCUUUUAGGUCUGGCUCUCGUCCUGCUGGCGUGCAACGCGGGCGGAAAGGAGCCGGCCGGGUUUCCGCGGGGGCCUCUCGCCGUUCCCCUUCUCGGGAACGUCUUCAAUAUCGCCGUCAAGCAGCCUCACACGUACCUGACGCAGUUGGCCGACACUUACGGGAAUGUGUUCUGCGUCCGAGUGGGACAAGAGAAGACGCUGUUUGUCUGCGGGUGGAAGAUGGUGAAGGAAGUGCUCGUGACGCAGGCCGACGCCUUUGCGGACAGGCCGCACCAGGCCUUGUAUUCCAGACUCUACAAUCGACACACAGGGGGUCUUUUGUGCAGCAACGGGAAGACGUGGAGGAGGCAGCGUCACUUCGCCAUGGGCACGCUGCGCACCUUCGGCCUGGCCAACGGCGCCACGGAGACGAGCAUCUGCCAGGAGAGCCAACACCUGCACCGGGCCAUCCGCAAACACAAAGGUGAAGCCUUUGAGCCUGCAGCCUACUUGAACAGCGCGGUGGCGAACAUCAUCUGCCAGGUCGUGUUCGGGAGAAGGUUCGAUUACAGCGAUCCCGACCUGCAGCGGCUGCACGCCACCAUGACCGAGAUGAUCUAUCUGGAAGGUUCCGUGUGGGCCCUGCUCUACGAUGCCUUCCCGGCUCUGAUGCAACUUCUGCCAGGGCCGCACAACAGAAUCUUCACCAACUUCCAAGCUUUGCGAGACUUCAUGUCCGCCCAGAUAACGAGCCACAAAUCGGAUUUUGACCCCAGCAACCCACGAGAUUACAUCGACGCGUUCCUGGCGGAGAGCAAAGACAAGGCAAAUGGUGAACUGGGCUUCACUGAAGAAAAUCUGGUUCUGUGCUGUCUGGAUCUGUUCAUCGCCGGGACGGAGACUUCCGCUAAGACACUCCAGUGGGGCCUCAUUUUCCUCAUCCAGAACCCUCAAAUCCAAGACAAAGUCCAGGCGGAGAUCAAGCGAGUGAUUGGGUCGAGCCGCUUCCCCGAAAUGGCCGACAGGGCCCGCAUGCCCUACACGAACGCCGUCAUCCACGAGAUCCAGAGGAUGGCCAACGUCAUUCCGCUCAACGGAACCAGAAUGGCCGCCAAAGACACACGAGUGGGCGACUACGUCAUACCAAAGGGCAGCACCGUGUUGCCAAUCUUGACCUCGGUGCUCUUUGACAAGAACGAAUGGGAAACUCCACAUACCUUCAACCCUGGACACUUCCUUGACGCCGAUGGCAAGUUUGUGAAGAGGAAUGCAUUUUUACCUUUCUCUGCAGGCAAACGUGCGUGUCUGGGCGAGGGCCUGGCCCGAAUGGAGCUGUUCUUGUUCCUGGUGGGCAUGCUGCAGAAGUUCACCUUCUCCGCCGCGGGAGGAGCCCAGCUGAGCUCCGAGGGGACCGUGGGAAUGACGCGCUCGCCGUACCCUUUCGAGAUCCGUGCCGAGGCCCAAUGAGGCUCGUGCGCCCGCGUUUACAUUUCUUUGCGAAAUUGAAGUUGAUGCGACUGAACGCAAGCGGGGAAAGCCACUUUUAUGAUCUUAAAACAAUGCCUCGUGUUCUCCGAUUAUGGUUUAUCCUUCCGUCUGAACAACCCUGCAAGGGAUGAUUCACAUUAUUUGGUGAUGUACCUUUCAACGAAGUAUAAAUUGCAGCGUUAUACUUCGUCGUGUGCUGCAGCGUUGAUGUAACGUUAGCCUACUAGAUUAUCCUUUUCAUUGUUACAA